AGGAAACAGAUCUCAUUCUGACCUUUAAUAUUUCAAUGCAUCGUUCUUGGUGGAUGGAGAACGGGCCAGGCUGCACCGUGACCUCAGUAACCCCAGCACCAGACUGGGCACCAGAGGAUCAUCGUUAUAUCACUGUCUCGGGGUGUUUUCUUGAAUAUCAGUACAUAGAAGUGGCUCACAGUUCCCUUCAGAUCUUCCUUGCACUGGCAGGCUUCAUCUAUGCCUGUUAUGUUGUGAAAUGUAUUACUGAAGAAGAGGACAGCUUUGAUUUCAUAGGUGGAUUUGACUCUUACGGCUAUCAAGGUCCACAGAAGACAUCUCAUUUACAGCUACAGCCCAUGUAUAUGUCAAAGUAAACAUGGGGACUACUCAAGGUGGGCUAGAGGACCUGUCAAAGACACUGUUUCAGGAUGACCUCCUGGUUCUUCAAAGAGAAAAAAAAUCCAGCUUU